CUCACCAGUGGUGCAGGAAUCUUUAGUGCAUGUGCUGUGCUACCUAGUCGUCAUGGAGGCAGAUUUGCCGGAGGAGGAGCUGGAUGAGGAGGAGCAGCUUCUGAGACGGCAUCGUAAAGAGAAGAAGGAGCUGCAAGCCAAAAUUCAGGGUAUGAAGAAUGCUGUUCCCAAGAACGAUAAAAAGAGGAGAAAACAACUCACGGAAGAUGUUGCCAAGUUGGAAGCAGACAUGGAGGAAAAGCACAGAGAGGAACUGGAGCAAUUGAAGCUGACAUCUAAAGAGAGUAAGAUAGAUUCUGUUGCUGUUAACAUUUCAAAUUUGGUUCUUGAGAAUCAUGCUCCUCGGAUAUCUAAGGCUCAGAAGAGACGGGAAAAAAAAGCUGCAUUGGAAAAAGAACGGGAAGAACGGAUAGCAGAAGCUGAAAUUGAAAACUUGUCUGGAGCACGACAUAUAGAAAGUGAGAAACUUGCUCUCAUAUUGGCAGCUAGACAAUUGGAAAUUAAACAGAUUGAAUCUGAUGGUCACUGUAUGUAUAGAGCCAUUGAAGAUCAACUGAAAGAACAUGAGUGCCCUCUGAGUGUGGCUGCCUUAAGAAAUCAAACCGCUGAAUAUAUGCAAAGCCAUAUGGACGACUUUCUGCCAUUUUUAACAAACUCAAGUACUGGAGAUGUGUAUACUCCAGAGGAGUUUGGAAAGUACUGUGCUGAUAUUGUAAACACAGCUGCCUGGGGAGGUCAACUAGAGCUAAGAGCCCUGUCUCACAUUUUACAAACACCUAUAGAGAUAAUACAAGCAGAAUCUCCUCCUAUUGUAGUUGGUGAAGAAUAUACAAAAAAACCACUAGUACUUGUAUAUAUGAGACAUGCAUAUGGCCUUGGAGAACAUUACAAUUCUGUUACAGGGUUGGUGAACACAGCUACUGAAAAUUGCAGCUAGUUUUUAAAAUGUUGGACAAUUAUGCUUUAGUACAGUGUGCCAAUCUGUAUAUUCAUAACAAGUGCUGAACUGUUCUAAACAUUAUUGAUGAACGCAAUUACUUUAACUUAAUGUUAUGGCUUAGCUUACUAACGGGUUUUUAAAAAUGUCAAAGAUAAACUUUGAACAGUGUCUUAGUGGUAAUUUAAAGGCACACUUCAUCAUUCAUAUAUAGAUGAAGAUGGUACCCUCUGUUCUAAUAUUUUUAAUUAAAGUAGAAUCCUGGACAUCAUGUUCUGUGUUGAAAUAAAUUCCAAAUGUUCUUCUUCUCUUUGCAUUUAGUAACCAUUUCAAUAUCUAUUUUUUGAAGAUAUGAAAUGACUCAGUCUCUUUACCGUUGAAAUGAUGUGGUGAUGGUGAUGGCAAGUGUAUUUGAUGCUUAUAAAAUUAAUUUGACUGCAGUGAUAUUGGUACUCAUGGGGUUAAUGCCCUCAUGCUUUUAAAAUAAAAUCAUUGGAGUACAAUUAUUAAUUUUGCUUUAAUAACUUAGAAUUUAAAAAUACUGAUUUAGGACCUGGCAAAAUAGCUCACUUGGAGAGUUUGCUGCUUUGCCAUGUGCACAACUAAGAUCCCAGCCCAACUUCCACCACAUUGAAGAAAACUUGCUGCUGUGGUUUCUUUCUCUCUCUCUACCUCACUCUUUCUUCCUAGAAAAAAAAAUUCAGAUGAGAAUCAACUAAGUAUUUCUAAGAAAUGAGAUCAAUUAAAAGAAGUUUUAGACUGGUGUUAUCUCAUUUAUAAACCUCUAAAGAAUUACAAAUUAGCCACUUGGUUUUUGUAAUAAAUGCUGUCCUUCAGUUAUUCUCUGAUUAAAAACAAAAACACUUCUGAUUGAAUUUAAAGGCAUUAUCUUCAUAACUGCAGAUUCUUAAUGUUCUUUGUUGUGUUUUCUCGUAUCAUUGCUCGGCUGUUUUGUUAUCCUUAGAGGUUUUUUUCCCUCAUUAAAUAGUUUGUGGCCUCUUAUACUAUAACUUGUACAACUUGAAGGGUUAGUAAUAUUAAAAGGUUGCAGGCCAAAUUUACUUCAAGUUUUUUCCCUUUUUCAAUUUGUGUUACAAGACUUUUCAUUUUGUACCAGUCUUUUGGAUAAGGAGAACACCUUUGUUACUUGUUAUUUUCUUUUCUUUUUCUGUUUCUAAUAACUCAUAUUUGAGAAUGUGUAUGUUACAUAUAUGGAUAAAAGGUGAAUGCUAUUGUUAUAUGGUAAACACAGUGGGCAACCCCUUUUUGUGUGAAUGCUUUAUCUAGCUGGUUUCAGGUUGCUCUUAAAAGUUUCUUUUUUCUUUCUUUCCUUUCCUUUUUUUUUUUUUUUUUUUUUAAACCAGAGCACUGCUCAUCUCUGGCUUAUGGUGGUGCAGGGGGAUUAAAGGACUUUGGAACCUCAGGCAUGAGAAUCUGUUUGCAAAAGUUUCUUUCUAAGAAGAUAGUAUCAUGUGAAAAAAACAUGUCUAAUAUUAUUUAAGAAGGUAUUAUGAAAAUGAGAUCUUUGAUUUUAUUUAUUUUUUUACAAAUUAGAAAUAACUGAUAACAGUAACCAUUAAGUUUAAAUAUAUGAACUUUUGCUCCUUGAAUAUAACUAGCAUUUUAGGUAGGCGGUCUAUAAUAUUAAAAAUGUGAUGUCAGUCUCAGAUAUCUAACAGGUAAAUACUGUAGAAAGUUGAUAGGGACUGGUCAACUAGAACAGUAAGUCCUGAGCGAAGAUAAUUUAUAAUUCAAAAGGUUAAAAAUUUUCUACCUGGGUGAGGGGCUGGGGAGUUGAGAUGGGACUGGGAGAUGGCUUACGUGAUAGGACAUAUACUUCACCAUAUUUGAGGACCCGGGUUCUAACUCCCCACCACCACAUGGGAGCACUGGCACAGGGAAACUUGACAAGUGAUGGAGUAGCACUACUAUGCCUCUCUGUCUCUUCCUGUCUUUCACCAUUUAACUAAAAAAGUGUGAAAGAGAAGUUGUACAAAUGUGGAGCCUCAAUGAUAAUCCUGAUAAAUAAGAUGAAAUAAGUAAAUAAAAUCUGUCAGACAAAAUACAUUCUGAGGGCAGUCUCUAUAAUCUUUGAUCUGAAUUUUCUAGGAGUUUGAACUUCAGAAAAAUAGUCAUAAAAUACUAAAUACCUAGGCUUUAUUUUGAAGUAAUGUUUGUUUUAAAAUAUUCUGAAAUAACUUACUGGUAGGUGUUUUUCUUUUCUUUCUUUUUUUUUAUCCUAACCAACUGAAUGCAAUUUUCUUAAUUAUAUUCUUUCUUUUUACAAAUGACUAAUAUUGUUGUGAAGAUUUAUGUGGUCAGUUUCUGUUCUUUUCAUGAGACUUCAGAUAAAAAUCAUUUUAGCUGUAACCUAAUAUUGGGAAGUGGCAGAUAUUAUUUUAAAGUGGAGUAAAGUAGUUUGUUGUAUAAUAAUGGUCUAAUGGAAGUUUCAUAAGCUUUCUUUUGUCCUAUUAUGCCAGAGUUUUGGAAUAUGGCUUUAGCCAAGAAUUUUAUCCAGUUAAGUAUGUUUACAAGUUGUGUAAAGAAAAAAAAAAAGUAUGUUUGUGACUGCAGUGAGCAAUAUAAUGUUACCUAUACUAUCUGAUGCUUGCCAAAAGGAAAAUAAAAGGUGAAUGUAUUAAAUCA